UCGUCCAGUUUCUGCCUUCAUUUCUCCGAGCACUGAAAAUAGUGUCAUACUCCAAGAAGGAACAUAAUUUUGCACAGCCAUUAUCAUGUUAGCUGGCCACCCUUCAGUGUUUGGCCACCCCUCGGCACAGUUAGCAGACCUGUACAGCAGCUGUCCCUGUCGUCAGGACCAGCUCACACUCCUGCUGCAACUGUUUGGACAGAAUAACCAUCUAAGCUGCCCCAGGGUGUUCCUGUAUGGCCCCACAGGCUCCGGCAAGUCACACGUCAUCAGUAGCAUACUUAACACUCUUAAGCUCCCCCAUGCGUUAGUGAACUGUGUGGAAUGCUACACCUCCCGUCUCCUGUACGACCACAUCCUCAACCAGGUUGCCAUGGUAACACCCACUCCAGACAACGGCUACACGAACCACAGCCGCUGUGACAACAUGAACGAUUUUGUCAAGACAUUACGUACAGUUAUAGAAGAUCGAGAACUACAAGAGGAGACAGUGUAUAUUGUAUUGGACAAAGCAGAGAGGCUGAGGGAGAUGGACAUGAACAUCUUACCUGCCUUUCUGAGGCUUGGGGAGCUGACUGGAUGCAACGUAUGUGUGAUUCUGCUGACAGAGAUAGUGUGGGAGAAGUUCAGAGCAGGGACAGGGGUGUGUGAACCUUUGGUGCUGCACUUCCCAGAUUAUACGAAAGAUGAACUGUUGGAGAUUUCGUCAUUAGACUGCCCAGCUGGUUACACUAAGGACUUCUACAUGUCUUAUGUCAAUAUUGUACUGAGUGUCUUCUACAUGGCCUGCAGGAACCUGAAUGAGAUAAGACACCUUGCUUUACUCAACUUUCCAAAGUUUUGUGAACCAAUUAAAAGAGGAGAAGCCACUGAUGAAGAUGUUCACAAGUUAUGGAGGAACAUUGAGCCACACCUGAGGAAAGCUCUACAGACUGUCUACCUGAGAGAAGUGUCCAGUGCACAAUGGGAGAGGAUGCAAGAAGAAGCUGCUUCACAGGAGUCAUCAGGAGCAAAUAUUAAAACCAAAGUGAAUAUGGAGCUGCCAUUCUACUCCAAGUUUCUGCUGAUUGCUGCUUACCUGGCAUCUUACAACCCUGCUCGAACAGACCGGCGGUUCUUUCUCAAGCAUGCUGGGAGGACAAAGAAAACUGUACAACAAAUGAAGAGGGAUGAAAGGACCAGUAGUCAGUUGUUGGGUCCCAAGCCUUUCCCACUGGACAGACUGAUGGCCAUCUUCUACAGCAUUGUGGAGGGAAAGGUCGCACCUACUGCUAAUAUCUACUCACAGAUCUCCUCCCUGGUGACUUUGCGCCUGAUGACCCAAGUAGGCAGUGAUGAUCAGCUGGACGGGUCAAAGUUCAAAUGCACAGUGGGUCUGGACUUCAUCAGAUCUAUAGCCAGGACAGUAAACUUUGACAUCAUCAGGUAUCUGUAUGAUUUCGUUUAGACUCUAAAGCCUGUCCAGACAUACUAACAACCUUGAGAAAUGAGACAACAGUGGGCCAAGUGUCCAGGUUUUCUUGGAAAAGUUAAACUUCAUUGAUUGUUACAUAUUGUAUU